UAUGCGUGCUUGGGCUAUACAGCGCCCGGGCUGGGGCUGCUGUGUGGAGUGCGCAUGCGCGAACGGAGGCCCGGGCCUGAAGAUGGCGGACGAUAAGGACUCGCGGUCAAAGCUGAAGGAUCUUGCUUUUUUGAAGUCUCAGUUGGAAAACUUACAGCAGCGAGUGGAAGACGAGGUGCUGGCUGGAGCGGGCCAGGAUGGUUCUUUGCUGGCAUCUCCAUUUCUCAAAGGGUUUCUGGCAGGUUACAUUGUAGCCAAACUCCGAUCUUCUGCAGUACUAGGAUUUGUGUUUGGGACCUGCACUGGAAUAUAUGCAGCUCAGGCCUAUGCAGUUCCCAAUGUUGAAAAGACAAUCCGAGACUAUAUCAGCUCGCUGAGGAAAGGACCAGACUAGAG